AUGAUUGAUAUAAAACUACUACGGAACUUGUUUCUCGUCAUUUUGUUCAUAAACAUCUUUUAUUUUGUGAAGGUUUAUCGACUAGAAGAAGAAAAACUUAAACAAUUAGCAAUAGCACAUGUUACUUCGAUAGAUUACACUACUGAUGACCAAAUUGAAUACGAUAAAACCAAGGAUUACCAUAUGUUGGAACCAAAACAGAAGAUUGCAUACCUACUAGACAAAGUUCAUGAAAAUCAAGAUAACCGAUAUUGGUUAGCUGAUACUUCGAUGGAAAACCCAUCUGUUAUGAUUAACCCACAUGAAUAUCUACCGCCUAGAGAGUACAACUAUAUUGAAACUUGGCAAAAUAAAUCUGAACUAUAUUACGAACCGAGAUUCACUCUUGCUGUUUACUUGGAUGAAUUAAAACAUCAAUUGAAAUUGCAUAAUCCUAAUAACGAGAGGCUGAAAGAUCAUUUGAUACGAAUGCCAUUUGCAUGGUCAGAUUGGGUUGAUUUGACAAUGUUGAAUGAAGAGAUUUUAAAGCCAAUUGAUGAGCGUAGAACUUGUCAAUCUUUACAACUGCGUGCAAACAAAAAAACAAAGUACCCAAAGUGGUGUAAGAAUUUGGUUGAUUUAGAAGAUGAGGAAGUCGAGGAGAUUGGCUUGUCUCGAGCAGAUAUGCCAGGAUUUAUUGUUCGAAGUUCACCGAUGAAUAAGGCCCAUCACAAGGAAGUUAUGUUACAAGGAAAGGGCCAUUUGUUGACGUCGCAAGAAAAUCCCAUUGCAAUGAUCUUCCUUACUAAAGAUGGUACGUAUGAAACUCAGUUGUUGGGUCAACGACAAAGGUUGGUGCGUACUGAUUUAUUUGAAAAGUAUCUUGAGCGCAGAAAUUUGGACUUAACAGCGGGUUUAGAUGAGAUUGAAAUGAAUCCACAAGCUGAAUUUAAAUCGUUGCUUGAAACGGUUCCGGCAAGGCCGUUGAAUGUAGAUGAUGAUAUCUACAAGAUGAGACAAAUCACCCGACAAAAAGAAUUCAAUGCGUCGAGGGAGUUGCAUCUUGACAAAGAUGCAUUCCAUUAUAAACAAGAGGCCAUUGAUGAACAAAUUAGUGAUUAUGAAGUUAGAUUGAACAAGAUCAAAGAAUCAAUUACCAAUGAAUUGAGAUAUGAUCCUGCCGUGAUUGAGGAAAAUCGAUUGAACCGACAUGAGAUCAACCACUAUAACGGAUUAAAAACUGCCAAUAAGUAUUCAGUUGAAAAGGAGCCAACGUACUAUAAGCUUGCCACUUUGAAAAAAGACAAAACUAAUAGUGAUGCUGGAUGGCAUUAUGAGUGGAGAUUUUUCAAUGGGGCUCUUAGGUAUAUCAAAGAUGACACAUGGACUUCUGAGCAAUUGGAAGUACGGGAACAGAUCAUUCUUGAUAGACUACUAAGAAAUUGGUUUCGAUUUGCUGAGGAAAAAGGAAUCAUUUCGUGGAUCGCCCAUGGUCCUCUUUUGUCUUGGUAUUGGGAUGGAUUGAUGUUUCCGUACGAUAUUGACAUUGAUAUUCAGAUGCCUAGUUCAGAGUUGAACCGAUUAUCAGCCAACUACAACAUGACUUUGGUAAUUGAAGAUGUUAGUGAAGGAUACGGAAAAUAUCUCAUCGAUUGUGCUACAUUCUUACACCAUAGAGACGUGGCAAGAAAAGACAAUCAUAUCGAUGCAAGAUUCAUUGAUAUUGACACCGGCACUUAUAUUGAUAUAACUGGAAUUGGUAUCAACAAUGAGCAACCACCGCCAGAAUACGAUGGGUAUAUCAGAAACAAGCAACGUAAACAAGAAUCUGUUGAAUUGUACAUGGACAGGAGAAAGCACUGGUUGAAUUUUGAGAAAAUCAGCCCUUUGCAUUAUUCAAUGAUCGGCGGGGUACCAGUUUAUGUGCCUAAUGAUAUCAUGUCUAUGCUCAACAAUGAAUAUUCAGCUGGAACUAGAUCUUAUUACUUCGGAGGAUACUACUAUGUGCCAUGUUUGAGAUUGUGGUUGCAAGUGAACAAGAUUAAACCAAUUUUUAAACCUGAACAAUACGAAGCAAAGACAAAAGUACGUGAACGUGAAAAGCUAACUGAAUUGAUCAAAAAUAUUGAUGAUGAAGGUAAAUUGAGACUUUUGGAGAUGCAUGAAGAUGUAUUAAUUGAGUACUAUCUCACUCAUAAGUUGACUGCAUUGCAUGAAAUUGAAAAGAAGUUUAUGCUUGAUCAUACUUUGCAACAGCUGAUGUUUGAUUUACUGGAGAAAGUGGAGUACCAUCAAUUAACAUCGAGAUUUAAAAUGGGUUCGCCAUUGAGGAAGAGUUUAUUUGACUUUGAAUACUUUGAGAGGUUUAAGCACAUGAAGAAGCCGGAAAUCGAAAGUGACACUUUCGAGGAUAAGGAAGGCGAUGCCUAUUCAGUUGAUCCCAAUUUGCAUUCAGUAUCCACCCCAGGUGAUGAAAACGUUGACAGCUUUCAAAAUAAAGACAGCAUGGCUCAAGUUGUAGAGGAUACAAAUUCUGAUGAUGGGGAUGGUAGAGCCGAUUUUCAUGACAAUGAUGACAGAGUGGACCCAAAUGACUCUGAUGGUAGAGAAGAUUCACAACAAGCUGAUACUGACAGAGAUGAUCCACUUGGUGUAGGAAAUGAAGUGGGUGUAGAGAAUUCAGGGGACAUAGUAAAUGAGAACGCUCCUGAUGAUGAUGCAGCCACGAACGACAUUGACGGGGUUGAAGAUACACAAGAGGGAGAUGGAAGAGGGGAUUUGCAUGAUACUGAGUCUCCAGGAGAGGACGUAGUUAUAGAGAACCCAAAGAACUAA